CUGGCAUUCCCCGAACAAUCACACUCACACUCACACUCACACUCACACACGGUUAUAUACACACACAUAUAUAGAGAGAGACAGAGGCAGACAGACUCUGGGCAUCUUUCUUAUUAUUACGCACGCACCACUACUACCCUGUUCCUGUGUUUGCGGACGAAAAUAUUGCUGGAUUGGACUUGGACUCGAGUGGGCAGACAAACCAGUGUAGUAAUGCUUCAACAGCUAAGCUUGCUUAGCUCAGUGCUGCGCCUGUUCUGUUCUCACUGUGUAGUUAAUUUAGUCAGUCAGUCGGUCGGUCGGUAUGUGUGGGUGUACUCAUUAUUACAAUUACGUACUACCAAUAGCUAAUUAAAGCUUAGCUACAAAUUAAUGUAUAUGGAGCUCCAACUUGGUCUAGGUCUUCCUCUUCCACUCCCUCAGCUUCCAAGUAGUACCAGCUGCUGCACUACUAGUACUACUGCUGUUGACGUUGCUACCAGUACAGGCACCGUCGGACAACAGCUCGGCUUCGACCUCAACUGCUGCACCUACUAUGCCCACCCCAACCCCCAUCGCUGGGCUGCAUAUCAUUAUAAUUGUCAUCAUGCUCAUGAUGAUGAUGAUGAUGACCCCCAGCACUCCUUUCACGGCGGUGAUGCCGAUCAUACUUAUGAAGGCGUUGUCACUCAUGCUGCUACACCACCUACACCUUGCAGCUCGAGGAGCGAUCAUCGUCAUCAUUACGAUAUUCAUAAGCCUCGUGAUCUGCACGCUCUCCACGGGCAGCAUCACACGGCUACUGUGCCCCGUACUACGCUCACCCUCCAGCUCCCUGAUCUCGAGAAGGAGCUGCUGCUGGACUCCUCCAGCUUCCAAUCCCAUAAGGUACCCCUCGAAGAUUCCGAGUCGUCUGAGUCCAAGUCCAACACCCGAAAGUACGUGAAGGUGAUGAUGGAAGGAGUUGGAAUUGGGAGAAAGGUCGAUCUCAGCCUCCACCCCUCCUUUCACGCUCUCUGCCACACCUUGAUGGACAUGUUUGGAAUCUGUCAAGAAGAAUCGAAAGAUUACAAGCUCGCUUUCAAGGAUGCCAAAGGCGACUGGCUCCUCGCUGAUCACGAUACCAUUACUUGGAGGGCUUUCGCCGGAUCCGUGCAACGCCUGAGAAUACUGAAGAUAUAUCAUGACCUAAAUUAGUCAAUGAGUUAAUAGUUAUAAAGGGUAUGCUAGCUAGUAGAUUCCUCUUAAUUGCUGUUGUAUUUUUUUUUUAUUACAGAGAAGACUGGUGAAUUUAAUAAAAAAAUAUGUUGUACUUAUUAUAAUGUAGGACAUAUCAUGCACCCAACCAACCUAGCAUGCAUAAGCUAUUAUAGCUUUCAAACCGACCUGCCCAUAUCUCAGGGCCCCCGAUUCCCCUCCCCCGCCAAU